AUGGAAACAGGUGAGAUCGUGAGGUUGACAGUUGUCAGAGGUCAUGAUGGUCAGCUGGGCUUCAGUGUGAGAGGAGGAUCUGAACAUGGACUCAGUGUCUUCAUCAGCAGAGUGCAGAAAAACAGCGCUGCAGAUCUGGCAGGUCUGUGUGUUGGUGAUAAGUUAUUGGAGGUGAACGGGGUAAGUCUUGAGAACCUCAGUAUGAGCAGUGCUGUGAAGGUGUUGACGGGUCAUACUUGCCUCCGAUUGGUCAUUCAGCGGGUUGGGCGUGUACCUGGAGUCCGCUACACUAAUGAGAAAACCACAUGGGUGGAUCUGAUUCAUCGUCGAAUGGUCGUAGAGGAAUCAGAUGCUCGUGUUUCAAUGUAUAGUUCAGAUGGAGCUCUGUGUCGAACGGUUCACCUGCAUCUCUCUCACAGUCAGCCCUGUCUGGGCCUCAACAUCCGCGGAGGACUAGAAUACAAUCUGGGGAUCUAUGUAUCCAAGUUGGAUCCUGGUGGUCUGGCUGAACAGGGCGGAGUUAAAAUGGGGGAUCAGAUCCUGUCAGCAAAUGGCGUGAACUUUGAAAAUAUCAGCCAUAAUAGAGCAGUGGAAGUGUUGAAGAGUCAAAAUCAUGUUAUACUGACUAUUAAAGAAGCAGGCAGGUAUCCAGCAUACAAAGAAAUGGUAACAGAAUUAAGCUGGAUGAAUAAAUCAGGCAGUGGAACAAUAUAUUCAUCCUCUCAAGGGUCGGAUUCUCACUCGUCCGCAUCCUCACUCUCCUCUGGGACCCCGCUCAGCUCUAUGAGUGGUCUCUCUCAAGCUACUCUCCCGGUUAACUUGCCCUUAAGAGCCAAAAUGUCUGAUGUGAGCAGCUCCACAGAGGCUCAGUUUCCUCCAGACCUCACUGAUUAUGACUGUGAGUCAGAGCAACUGCGGACGGUGAGCCGAGGAGCCACUGAACUGUUGCAGGACUCUGUGAUCCGGACUGCAGGAGGAGAGGAGAGGAGAGAGGGCAGGAAAUCAUCUCUACUCAUCGCUCUGAGUCGACCCAGUACUCCAAUAAGCCGAACAAGAAGUCACGUGACUGUGUCAGAGGAACAGAAGAAACAGAAGAAGAAACAAACAGAAAGAGGAGAGGAGAGAGGCAGUCCACUACAGCGCUCGAAAACGUUCUUCGGUCUGUUCCGAAAGAGAGAUUCCUCAAGAUCAUGCUCCAGAUCUCCCUCACGUUCAGAGAGAAGACUGGGCAGGUAUAAUAAUGAUGUAUGUGAGCUAGACGCUCUGACUCAGGUGCGAGAAAUGGCCGUCAGAUUGCUGGAGGAUGAAGAUGUGGCUGAACUCAUGGACAUCUGUCAGAGGUUUGUAUCAGACCGAGAGCUGGAGACUCUUGUACACGCGCUACUGGCAAUCCUGAACACACCAGAGAAACUUCUGCUACUCAGAGAGAUCAGAACGCUGGUCUCCUCUGAUGAUCUUCCUGGUUUUAACAGCACGGUGGCUCCAUUUGAAGAAGAAGCUUAUGAUUUUCUGAAGAGUCGCUCACGUGAAAGUUCUCCACUGCGUUCCCCUCAGACAGGCCACGCCCCCAGACGCAUCCUCAUUACACCUGUACCAGAUCUCAAUGGCGGGAUUGCAUUGCACACUGUUGAAGACAUGGAGAAAAAGAAUAAUCUUCGAGAAGGUCUGGAGCAGCUCCAUGUGUCCUGUUAUUCUGAACAGAAUGAAUCUCUGCAAACAUCCAGAUCUUUCAGUCCAUUAGUGGACAUUCCUGUGGACACUUUCAGUCACACAGACUCAUUAAGAUCCUCCAGGACAUCAACUCUCCUACCAAACUGGCUACUGGCUGAGAACACCCAUUCAGACUCUCCCCAAACAUCAGACAAUGACAGACAGGAAACAGACAGACAGGAUGUGUUAUUUACUAUAGUGGACAUGCCUCGCCACAAGAGGCCACUGCUGUCUCAGGUGUUCGGUUCCCUGAAAAAGUCCCAUAGCUCGGCAGUGACACCUACGGGACAGUGUGCGCAACAGCAGCUACAUGAAACACAUGACCGUGACAUCCACAUUGAGCAAGAGUUUGACCUCACUACUGUCAACAUCAGCAAAACCAAACAGUCUCUGGGAAUCAGUAUUUCGGGUGGAGCAGAGUCCAGGGUGCAGCCAAUGGUAAAGAUUGAGAGGAUUUUCCCAGGUGGAGCCGCAUCCACUAAUGACAUCCUGCGGGCAGGUUUUGAGCUGGUGUCAGUGGACGGCGUGUCUCUUCAGGGUGUCACUCAUCAGGACGCAGUGGAGAUCAUUCGGCAGGCCUUCAGUAAUAAGAACAUCAACCCGAUGGAGCUCGUCGUCAAAGUCCCCAAAGACCUCAGAGUCUAAUGAGAUCAAAUGUGCCUUACUGUACGUAUGUACCACAUUGUGAAGAACUUCAU